CAGAUGCAAGCAUGUUCCUUGAGUCUUCAAGAUCUGUCCUGCUCAAUAUAUUUGCAUUAUUAGCUUUUGUAAUUAAUUCAAUUGCAAUCUCAGGGAUACCAUUAAUGCCAAGAGCGAUGAGAGGGCGGGGGUCGGAGAGAGCAACGGGAAGCAGAGCACGAGGUAAGUGGACAGCACAGCAUCAUGAGGGUUACCAUCCGGAAGGAAGGGAUCGUCCGAAGCAGUAUUAUGGGGGAUUUGAGAAGAGGAUUUACAACCAAGCUACACCAUUCUUCUUCACAAAUUUUCCGAUAGAUUGGUCUUUUGAACAGAUGUGGAGAGCUUUUAACAGUUUAGGGGAGGGUAGGGUAAUCGAAGUGGACUGCCCUCAGAGGAGAGAUCGUUGGGGAAGAAGAUUUGGCUUUGUUCGCUUCCUGGAGGUAAAAGAUGCUGGGAAGCUGGAACGAAAGAUGAAUCAGAUUCAAAUAGGAGGAUAUAAUCUUCAAGCCAACAAACCACGGUUUCAGAAGACAUGGCAAGAGGACUACCAGCACAGAAACAGGGGCAACAAGUUGAAAGGGUUGGGUACAGUUGAUACAGAAUGUCAACGAAAAGUGUCUUAUGCCGAGGUAGUCCAGAGGAAAUCUGCGGACAACCAUGAUUAUGGAAGCAGAAAGAGACAGUACCAGGGAGCAGGCAAUAGAGACCAAGUCACAAAGCCUUGGAUGUUCGAGCAAAGAAAAUGGAGAUGGAAACCGAAACAACAAUCUCAAGCAUGGUCAGGAAUGGAGUUCAAUGUGGACCAGGAGGAGUAUGAGUGGCUGGAUAAAUCCUUUGUUGGAACAGUCCAUUCGCUAGGACAAUGGUUUGAGGAAAUCAAACCGUGGACGCCUACAACGGUAGCAACGGAGAGGUUUGCAUGGAUUAGGUGUUUGGGAUUGCCUUUACAUGCAUGGAAGCUGAAAUAUUUCCAAUCUUUUGGAAACCUUUGGGGCACUUUUGUCUCUUUAGAUGACAGCACCAGUGGGAAAAAGCGUCUAGAUGCAGCAAGAUUCCUCAUUUCAACCAGCAAUGGAAUCAAUUUCAAAAACCUUGGCCAUAAAGAUCAAUGGAGAGAUUUUAAAAUUAAUGGUGGUGGUGAAAAUGGGGUUAAAAGCUCAACAGAGGAGCCUGAUGACAUAGAUCAUAGCUUCAUUGGCCUGGAUUUCGAGCAAAUAAGGGAAGGAGGUGAAGAGGAUGAUAUGGAAGCAAUACUAUGCGUGCCGGAAACAAUUGCAGAAGAUGAUGGGAGAAGAUCGGAGAUAGGGGAACAGCAAGUAGGAGACACGUCAGCAAUCAAGCUAAAGAGUCUUCAAAAUGGCCAAGAAAGGACAAACCCAAGUCCUGUUAAAAGAGUAGAUGAUGAAGCCUCUAUGGCAGAGGGUGCAGAUGAAAACUUUGACGAGAAGAAAGAGGACACAAACACAACAGGUGGUAUGGAAGGUUCAACAAGGAAACAUUUAAUUAUCGACGGGCUCGAGGAGGAUAUGAGACUGAUGUGUGCAGAGAAGGAUGUCUGCAGCGAAAGCAUUGGGAACGAGCGUGAUUUCAAAAUAGGAGAAGUGUGGGAGGAGACGGGAAAGCAAUUCAAAUUUUGUAAUAGACAAAGUUACAGAAAUAGCCGAGGCUCCAACGGAAAAAAGUGGAGAGAGCAGUGGGCCGGUUGGGUUGAUACCAGUAGUGGAUCCCAUGAAGGGAAGAAAGAAGCAAAGCACAUGAGUAUGAGGGAAAUAGAAGCUGAAUCAGAUUUCUGGGAAGACAUGAACACCGACUCAGAGGAAGCUCCGAAUUGGGCGAGUGUUCUAUUGCUGAAGAAAAAAAGAGGGAAUCGGGUAAAACCAGAAAAAAUGAUGCAGCAGAUCAUCUUUGAAGCAGAUCGAACAGAUUCGGUGGCAGAUGCUUCUAUUAAUGAUAGCAAUAUUUGGAAUUGCAACAAGAACAUCACAGUGAAGGACAAUUUCAGAGGCCCAGAAGUUAUAUGGAGCCGAAUCAAAGAAUUGGGGGUCACAGCGAAUGGGAGUGAAAUCCCGGUAUUGAGAAAGCUAGAAGAAAUGGAGCAGCGUGAUAGAGAAAAAAAGGAGAAAAGACGCAGCAAGUAGCCACACCAGAAAUCAGGAGGAGAUUUCAAUGCUAUCAGAAGCUUGUAGGAAAGAAAGGGAGGUAAAAGCGUUACGAGAGAAUAAAGGAUUUUGAACAGUUUAUAGCCAGCAGCGGAUUGACAGAUUUGCCAUUGUUGGGGAGGAAGUAUACAUGGUAACCAAAUGGACACUGCAUGAGCUGGCUGGACAGAUUCUUGCUAAAUGAUGAUUGGCUAAUGAAAUGGCCUAACUUGA